CACAACACAAAGGCAGAUCCACGCUUGGCUUUCCGCUCCUGCCAUUACCCAACAUACAACUCAAAGGCAGAUCCACGCUUGGCUUUCCACUCCUGCCGUCAUCCAACACACAACACAAAGGCAGAUCCAUCCACGCUUAGCUUUCCACACCUGCCGUCAUCCAACAUACAACACAAAGGCAGAUCCAUCCACGCUUAGCUUUCCACUGUCACCGCAACUAUCAAACACGCCCCUGGAGUCUUUGCACACCAACGGGUGUGUGGGCUCUUAGCAGGUGCUACCCCCAACACUUUUCUGCACCUGUGGCCUCUUUUCUCCAGAUUGUUUGCCCAAACCCCUGUGUGAGUAGGCGGGGCUGUAUGUGGACCCGUCCUCGCAUCACACGCACACACACACACACACACACACACGGGUUGCCGCUGUCACCGGUGGCCAGCCAGGUCGCUGGUACAUUCAGUCAUACACACAAAACCUUAUCCCUGAGAAGCUUCGGCACACCGACUGGUGUGUGGGCCCAUAGCAAGCGCUGCCCCAACACUCAUCUACACUUGCGGCCUCUUUUGCUUCGUUUUAAUUUGAUAAACCCGACCCAGCACGCCUUGACAUGACAUGGGUUACGAAACACCGACCCAGCCAACGGUUUUCCUCCAUAGGCGCGGCUCUCUCGUAUUUCUGUUCCAAGCGGUCUUCUAAGUAUCAGGCAAGACAUUACUUGCACACACAAACAUAAUCAAACAAACAAGUGAGUAAGGCUAAAUUUUAACACAAAUCCCAACCAGGAUGCAUGAAGACACGGUAGCGGAGUUGAGGGAUAGGACGCCGACGGAGGCGGCGGAGGAUCAGGAGGGAGCGAACGCAAUGACGGCGGCGGAGUAGAGGGAGCCGACGCCAGCGGAGGCGGCGGGGGCUCUUGAGGGAGCGCACGCAGCGAUGGCGCUAGAGUAGAGGGAAAGGACGCCACAGAUGCCGGCGGCGGCUCGGGACGAGCCACGUACUGUAGCAACGGCGAAGAGCGCGCCAAAGGCGGCGGCGGUGGCUCGCAAGGAGCCAGAAGCUGCUGCGAUGGCGGAGCAGAGGGCGCCAGAGGCGGCGGCGGUGGCUCGGGAGGAGCCACAAGCUGCUGCGAUGGCGGAGUAGAGGGCGCCAGAGGCGGCGGCGGUGGCUCGGGAGGAGCCACAAGCUGCUGCGAUGGCGGAGUAGAGAGCGCCAGAGGCGGCGGCGGUGGCUCGGGAGGAGCCACAAGCUGCUGCGAUGGCGGAGUAGAGGGCGCCAGAGGCGGCGGCGGUGGCUCGGGAGGAGCCACAAGCUGCUGCGAUGGCGGAGCAGAGGGCGCCAAAGGCGGCGGCGGUGGCUCGGGAGGAGCCACAAGCUGCUGCGAUGGCGGAGUAGAGAGCGCCAGAGGCGGCGGCGGUGGCUCGGGAGGAGCCACAAGCUGCUGCGAUGGCGGAGCAGAGGGCGCUAAACGCGGCGGCGGUGGCUCGGGAGGAGCCACAAGCUGCUGCGAUGGCGGAGUAGAGGGCGCCAGAGGCGGCGGCGGUGGCUCGGGAGGAGCCACAAGCUGCUGCGAUGGCGGAGCAGAGGGCGCCAGAGGCGGCGGCGGUGGCUCGGGAGGAGCCACAAGCUGCUGCGAUGGCGGAGCAGAGGGCGCCAGAGGCGGCGGCGGUGGCUCGGGAGGAGCCACAAGCUGCUGCGAUGGCGGAGCAGAGGGCGCCAGAGGCGGCGGCGGUGGCUCGGGAGGAGCCACAAGCUGCUGCGAUGGCGGAGCAGAGGGCGCCAGCAGAGGCGGCGGCGGUGGCUCGGGAGGAGCCACAAGCUGCUGCGAUGGCGGAGUAGAGGGCGCCAGAGGCGGCGGCGGUGGUUCGGGAGGAGCCACAAGCUCCGGCGAUGGCGGAGUAGAGGGCGCCAGAGGCGGCGGCGGUGGCUCGGGAGGAGCCACAAGCUCCGGCGAUGGCGGAGUAAAGGGCGCCAGAGGCGGCGGCGGUGGCCUGUCAGGCGUCGCAGGCAGCUGCGACGGUUGAUAAAGCACUGGCUUGCAAAAGGGCUUCACCCUUGGAAGUGAGGCGGGCUGCGGAAGAGGCUGCGACAGUUGUGGACUGGAGGUGUCUGGGGGACGCCAGCAGGGUCCGCGCAGUUGGGUCUCAGCAUGCGGUCUGAGCUGCGGUGUCACGGGGGGUGACACUUGGGGAGUGUUGCCUGAACGCAAUGGCGGAGACAUAGCCAUGGGCGUCACCGGGUCCGCCCCAACAUGCAUUGGGUUGUACGGAGCCGGGUCAGGCAUACGGGCGCGGCAUGAAUGUGACUCAUGGUCAGCCUGCGGGAGAACGACGCUUCCAUACCCGGCGUGCAGUGGGGUGCCAGGGCCGGAUUGGUGCUUGAGGUCCUCAUACCUUGCCGUGGCAAGGCGUACCUGUCUAGCCCAUAACUCUUUCUCGUAGGGAGAGAGUUGAGGAUUGACAGCGAGGUACUCAGUCAGCUCUCCCACGAACGCCCAUAGUUCGCCAGCGCUGCGGUUAUCACGGGAUGUCACUGUUCCCUCAUGGCUGCUAUCAACAACCUGCAGGAAGCUGACCAUCUCAUAAUCACACGCAUCAACAGUGGGAUCUGGAUCCGGGUCUGGAUCCGUGUAAGGCAGCUCAUCAGUUGAAUUCUGGCGUGACGACCCGGGAAGCGGCCCCAAAGGACCGUAGUUCUCCAUCAGGUACACUCGGAGGUCACCAGUCGGCAUAAGUGGCAAUGGUGAGCCCGGGUACCCAAGUGUGAACCGGUCUGGCCGGUUGAGUAUCACCCCACCAACGCGGAUAGCGUGUGCCAUGGCCUGUGAUAGGGUUUCUGGCCGCGCAAGUUUGGUCUGUUGGCGGAUGGGUGACCUCAGGCCGUUCAUGAACCCAUGCAGGUGGGUGUCAUGUGCGUCACCAUUGACACGCAACUCAGCGAGAAGGUGUCGGUAGCGGUCACAAUAAGCACGAACAGGUUCAUCCCGUUGUUGCUGACAAUUGGCUAGACGGGUGUAAAGCUCACCGGUCCUGAGACCGAAGCGCUCUGUGAAUGCAGCACAGAAAGCUGGCCACUCAGCAAACCCGAAGCCUGAACACCACCUUUGUGCCUCAGGGCCAAGGCGGCAUUUAGCAACAUCCAACCUGGUUGCGUCCGACCAGCAGUACAUCCGAGCACAAACGUCCAGUGUGUCGAGCCACUGUUGCGCGCUAUCAGCCGGCGUGUAGACGGGUACGCACUCAAGAGCUGAUGCAUCAAAACGAGGUACGACACGUCGGUUUGGCACAGGAGGUGGUUCGUCUUCUGCAUCCAUUGUCACGGAUGGGAGGCGAGGAGCGACGUGGAAGCAAGCAGGCGCGACGGUACAGGGGGCGUCCGCACCUGUUAGGGGAGGGGCGCAAUAAGGAAGGAAUUGUGUGGGGUUUCAGUAAUGGUUCAAAGAUAGAAAUGGGCACUCCGCGUAGGGGGACGCGUGAGGCAGAUCAGAAGCUGACGCGUAGGAUCUAAACCAAAAGACGGGUCCGACCGACAGGUCAAGCAACAGGUUCAGGCAGGGCACGACGGGCUGACCGCGCCAAUGCAGGCUGGCAGAAUUCAAACCUCAGUAGUGGCAAGCAAAGCAGGUGAAGCAAGCAGGUAAUGCGCUCUGUAAACGGGCUGCGGGGAAAGCUGGCCCCCGUGGAGAUUGCCCUGCGACUUGCGCAGCGGGCUAGGUGUCAAACACGCGACAGCAACUAUACACAAAACACGUUCCCGCAACUCCCCCCACAAAAGGCGCACGCCCAGGAAACCCUGGAAAGUACAAAACUUUUUCGCGCCCACGGGUUGUGUAAUGCGUUGUAGUGCACGGGCUCACGUAUGAAGACGCGAUGAACCGCUUGUCGGUCGUGCCACCACUAACAACCGCAGGACUGGGGGGAUACCGGUCACACGCACACGAACACACGCGUACGGUACGGUACACAGGCACACACACGCGGCCCUUGGACGAAGGUCUUGGCUUCGGGACGGCGGCGGUGUAGAUGCAGCGAACCUUGAAUGGGUUGACGGGAGAUAUGUAUAUACGGGAGUCUCGGGAGUCUCAGGAGUCUCAGGGGUGAAGCAGCAGCCGGGACUCACACACACGCUCACGCACACAGGCAGCGGCAGGGGUCACGGAGCACUGGGCUCUGGAUGGUCUGCGGCGCUGACUGGAGGCGGGUGGUGCUAGGCUGACGAAGGAGGCGAAGGAAGAAGGAGAAGGCAGAGAAGGGAGUAGGAGGCGAAGGCAGGGGAUUCCGGGAGUGCAAGGCAGGGACCAGGGCCGGAGCUGGUGGGUGCAAGGCACGACACCAAGCUGCUGCGACACAGGAAACCUAAGCACAGGCACGCAGGGAAGGGAGUCUCAAAUGCAGGAGGGCUCGAGGCGACCUGCGGGCUCUGCAACACGGAGCGUGAAGCAGGCAAGGGAGCCGGGUGGUGGCUCGCAAAGAAGGCGGAGAAGUAGCACUGGCGUGGCGCAGACGGCAGGCGGUGCUUUGGAGACAGACGCGGGCAGCUGUAGUCGCUGACGGGGCGCGGAGAAGUAGUCGACGGCUCCUUGAGGACGACGACGAGGGAAACGCAGGGAAACCUGUGAGGGGCCUGUGGCUGGGGAUAGCUACAC